GUGUUAUUCUACCUUUCUGUAGAUGAAGAGGUGAAUAUUAAAUUCUCGGUAUGAGUCUAGAGGUGGCUUGCUUGUCAUUUCGCCAGCCGUACGCUACUCUUGUGUUGAAUGGUGUGAAAGCGCUAGAGAGCCGCUGGCGGCCCCUGCUGUCAGAGCUGCGGAACUGCACGUUAGCGGUUCACAUCGCUCAGAAGAGCUGGGAGGGAGAGGACUGGAGACUCAUCCUCACCGAACGACUGGGAAUGACUGCCGUGCAAACCGAGGAACUGCUGGAGUCUGGAGAAAGGUUCGGGCGUGGUGUUAUAGCAGGUCUUGUGGAUGUUGGGGAGACGUGGUGUUGUCCUGAGGACAUUCCCUGUGAAGAGAUGAGAGAGCUGGAAACAGCAGCUUGCUUGACUGAACUCAAAAUGAAAUACCUCACAAGACUCUCAAACCCCCGGUGGCUCAAUGAACCAAUAUAUUCCAGGGGCCAUAAAGAUGUGUGGACGGUACACAUCCCAGUUCAUCUUUUGCCCUCUGCUCCUUCUCAUCCGUAACAGUGAAACAAAGUAUUCAGUAGUGUAUUUGUGUCUGAGACACUGAGAUGUGCCUCUCUGGAGAUUUGCAAUGUAUCUAAUGUGUGCAGGUUGUUUUUUUUCAACAUU